ACAUACUACCAUCAGAUGUUCCUUCGGCUUCACUUUAGACUUUACAUUAGACGUUUUACUGUUCUCCAAUAAAUUUAUAGCACAACGAGCUUAGCUCAUUGUUUUAAGCGACCCAAUAAAUAAUUAUUACGUGACAUACGAACUUACACGUCCUACCGUGCUAUAAGAAGUUGCACUUCAAAACGUUCUCCAAAUGAGAGUUUUCGAAGUGAUCACGAGGGAUUCAUAAACACUGCGUCAUAACACGAAGCUUAUCACUCGAUAACCUAUACCACUUAAAUUGCUCAAGAUUUAUUUAUCUGGCUUGAAACUUCGACAGCUUCCUAGGGCCCCCGCAAAGACCGAACGGAGGCAUAUCGAAAUUCAGGACGUGCGAUUCUCUCUUCUACUGAAAGAAAAUUCCGAAACCCAACACGAAGCGAGACAUUCCAAGAGUCGCAUUAUUAUAAAUCGGUGAAGAAAAAUGGAGCAUGUCGUGGAAAACGGAGUCGAUAAUUCCGAUAAGAGAACUGCCAAGACGCUCGUCUUUUACGUCAACGGAAAAGAGGUAGUUGAUCACGCGGUAGACCCGGAAUGGACUCUACUGUAUUAUCUUCGCAACAAACUACACUUAUGUGGUACAAAGCUCGGAUGUGCAGAAGGUGGUUGCGGUGCAUGUACCAUUAUGGUCUCCAAAUGCGACCGAAAUACUGGCAAAAUAAGCCACUUGGCAGUGAAUGCAUGUCUGAUGCCGGUUUGCGCAAUGCACGGGCUCGCGGUAACUACGGUAGAAGGAAUAGGAAGCACAAGAACGAAGCUUCAUCCUGUUCAAGAAAGGAUAGCAAAAGCUCACGGGUCCCAAUGUGGCUUUUGCACCCCCGGAAUCGUAAUGUCAAUGUAUGCAUUACUUCGGAGCAUACCAAAGCCUACGAUGGAAAAUUUGGAGAUCGCCUUCCAAGGUAAUUUGUGCAGGUGCACAGGGUACAGACCAAUUAUAGAAGGGUUCAAAACGUUCACGGAAGAAUGGGAACAGUCCCAAAUUUCCUCUAGGAUAGCAAACGAGGACUCGGGUGGAAAUGCGAAAACGUGUGGAUUAGGUGCUGCAUGUUGCAGGAACACUUCCACGGCGGAAAAAAUUAAUUCACUCAGUUCGAGGGAUUCCAAGCCGAUACCAAACGGAAAUUCAUGCAAAGAUCUGGAGACGGGUGGAUUAGGUGACGCGUGCUGCAAAAAAGCUUUACUCGCAACUACGUCAUCUAAUUCUGAGGAGUCUAAUUUGAUUCCAAAUGGAAUAGCUUGCAAAGAUGCAAAGUCGUGCAGAUCAGGUGAUGCUUGUUGCAAAAGAAGCUUCACGUCAGAGAAUACCAAGGCAUUCAAUUCCAAUGAAUCUAAACCGAUUCCAAAUGGACACAUUGGCGAAGAGUUCGAAAAGACAACUAGAAUGGGAGAGAAUGUUAAAAAAGCCUUCACUUCGGAACCGGAUGAAGUAUUUAACCCGAAUGAAUUUCGACCAUAUGAUCCAUCUCAAGAACCGAUCUUUCCUCCUAAAUUAAGUAUAUCCUCGGAAUUGGAUGAACAGUACUUAGAGUUUAAAGGGAAAAAUGUCACUUGGUACAGGCCUACUGAUAUGCAUCAAUUACUUGUUCUUAAGCAUCGUCACCACAAUGCAAAGAUCAUCGUCGGUAAUACUGAAGUUGGAGUCGAAGUGAAAUUCAAACACUUUUUAUAUCCCGUACUGAUACAACCAACGCAAGUGAAGGAAAUGCGCGAAAUUUCCGAAACCCCCGAUAAACUGAUAGUGGGAGCUAGCGUUACUUUAAUGGAAAUGGAAGAAGCUCUCAGAAUCCGAAUAAAAACCGAAGCUGAAUUUAGAACGAGAAUUUUUAACGAAAUUGUUAAUAUGCUGCACUGGUUCGCUGGAAAGCAAGUACGAAAUGUCGCGGCUGUCGGUGGAAACAUAAUGACUGGGAGUCCCAUAUCGGAUUUAAAUCCCGUAUUCAUGGCCGCAGGUGUAACAUUAAAUUUACGCAGUCUAACUAGAGGGAACCGAUCUGUACCGAUGGAUCAUACAUUCUUCGUGGGUUAUCGAAGGAACGUUGUUUCACCUGAUGAAAUAUUAGUAUCCAUCGAAAUUCCGUUCACAGUCGAGGGCCAAUAUUUCGCUGCAUACAAGCAAGCCAAAAGGCGAGAUGACGAUAUUGCCAUUGUAAAUUUAGCUUUGAACGUAUUUUUCAAACCAAAAACAAAUACUGUCCAAGAUGUGCACAUGGCAUUUGGUGGGAUGGCACCUGUUACUACACUGGCGAGGAAAACGCGCGAGACCAUUAUCGGAAAAAAGUGGGACUAUGGUCUGCUAGAAACGGUUUAUGACUCCUUAUUGAAGGAACUUCCCUUAUCAGGUGAUGCACCUGGUGGUAUGAUUCUAUAUCGACGUUCUCUCACUCUCAGCUUAUUCUUCAAAGGAUUUAUUCGUAUUACGAAACAGCUUUUGAAUGACGUACCUAGAAUUAUUCCUUUGCCUAAGGAAUUAGAAACGGCAGGGGAAGGUUUCCAUUACCAGCCUCCAAAAAGCUCCCAAUACUUCCAAGUGGUUUCAGAAGAUCAAGAUCCAAAAGAUUUGAUCGGUAGAACGAUAGUCCACGCAAGCGCCUAUAAGCAAGUCACCGGCGAGGCAGUAUAUUGCGACGACAUCCCACACGUCGUCGGUGAAUUAUAUCUAGCAUUAGUUUUAUCCACGCGAGCACACGCCAAGAUUAUAAAAAUCGACCCAUCUAAAGCUUUGGCCCUCGAAGGGGUAGUGGCAUUUUUCGACGCGAAGGAUGUACCAAAAGACAAAAUGAUGGUCGGUCCUGUGGCUCACGACGAGCCGGUAUUCUAUUCGGACAAGGUCACCAGCCACGGGCAGAAUAUUGGAGCGAUCGUAGCCGUGGAUCAAGUCACCGCCCAAAAAGCGGCGAGAAUGGUCCACGUCGAAUACGAAGACAUAUCUCCUAUAAUCAUUUCGAUAGAGGACGCCAUUAAGGAGAACUCUUUCUUCCCCGGAUGCCCUGUUCGGAUAGUCAAAGGCGAUGCAGAAAAGGCGUUCAAGGAAUGCGAUCAUAUAAUAGAAAAGGAAGUGCGAAUGGGGGGACAGGAACAUUUUUACCUAGAGACUCAUGCCUCGAUUGCCGUCCCGAAGGAAGAACACGAAAUUGAAUUGACCUGCUCGACUCAACAUCCUAGCGAAGUCCAAAAAUUGGUAGCCUAUGUCCUCGACGUGCCGAUUAAUAGGAUUAACGUUCGCGUUAAACGAUUAGGUGGUGGUUUCGGAGGGAAAGAAUCCCGAGGAAUUUUGAUUGCAUUGCCAGUGGCUAUAGCCGCACAUAGAUUGCGCAGACCAGUCCGUUGUAUGUUGGACAGAGACGAGGACAUGAUGAUCUCUGGUACCAGGCAUCCAUUUAUGUUUAAAUAUAAAGCAGGUUUCAACAAUGACGGUCGUAUCCAAGUAGUUGAAAUACAUAUUUACAAUAAUGCAGGAUAUUCCCUCGACCUUUCGCGAUCGGUGUUGGAACGUGCCAUGUUUCACUUUGAAAACGCUUACAAAGUGCCCGUGUCCAACGUUUACGGUUACAUGUGUAAAACUAAUUUACCAUCGAAUACUGCAUUUCGGGGUUUUGGCGGACCUCAAGGAAUGUUCGCGGCUGAGAAUAUCGUUCACGAUAUAGCUGAUUACCUCAACAUGGACGUAACAAAGGUAUCUGAAUUAAAUCUGUACAAAGAGGGUGAUUUGACCCAUUACAAUCAAAAGCUCGAACACUGUACAUUGGAGCGUUGUUGGAAGCAAUGUCUUGUUUCCUCGAAUUACGAGGAAAGAUUAGCCAAUAUUCGCCGCUUCAAUAAAGAGCAUAGAUACCGGAAAAGAGGCAUAGCAAUUGUUCCAACAAAAUUCGGCAUUGCGUUCACCGCUUUAUUCCUAAAUCAAGCCGGAGCACUCGUCCACAUAUACACCGAUGGUUCGGUAUUAAUUAGUCACGGCGGCACCGAAAUGGGCCAAGGCUUGCACACAAAGAUGAUUCAAGUCGCGAGCAGAAUCCUAAGAGUUGAUCCUAACAAAAUCCAUAUCAGUGAGACUGCAACUGAUAAAGUUCCAAACACAUCAGCAACAGCUGCGAGUGCUGGUUCCGAUCUGAACGGCAUGGCUGUAAUGAAUGCAUGCAACACAAUAAUGGAUCGCAUAAAACAUAUCGUCGAUAGCAAUCCGAAGGGCAAAUGGGAAGAAUGGAUAUCGAAGGCAUAUUUCGAAAGAAUCAGUCUCUCCGCUACCGGAUAUUACCGAACUCCAGAUAUAGGAUACUCUUUUGAUACCAAUUCGGGAAAGCCAUUCAAUUACUUCACAUAUGGAGUGGCAUGUACGGAAGUGGAAAUUGAUUGUCUUACCGGAGAUCACGAGGUCUUGAGAACGGAUAUUGUCAUGGAUUUGGGGGAAAGUCUGAAUCCUGCAAUAGACAUUGGACAAGUGGAGGGCGGCUUCAUUCAAGGAUAUGGUCUUUUUACAUUAGAGGAACUGAUAUACUCUCCAACUGGGAUUCUUUACAGUCGUGGUCCUGGGGCAUAUAAAUUGCCUGGUUUUACGGAUAUACCUCAAGAAUUUAACGUCUCGCUUUUAAAGGGGGCUCCUAAUCCAAGGGCUGUUUACUCGUCAAAGGCCGUCGGAGAACCGCCUCUCUUUUUAGCUUCCUCUGCUUUCUUCGCCAUAAAACAGGCGAUUAAAGCUGCUCGUGAGGAAAUGAAGGUUACGAAAAACUUUAGAUUGGAUUCACCAGCUACGGCAGCUCGUAUCCGAAUGGCGUGUGUUGACGAUUUAACCCUGAAGCUCGGCGAAGGGGAUGGAAAGCGACCAUGGAAUAUUGUACCAUAAAUUUUAUAUAGGAGUUCGCGAGUAUAAUUGCAAACGACAUUACGCGAUUUCCGCAUAUUUAAUUAUUCCUCGCAUGCAAAUCUGUAUUUAUCCUUAGUGAGCUAAAACGUGCGUACCUUCUCUUCCUGAAUUAAUUGUAAUUCGUUAAACAUGUUAUAUGAUAUAAGAACGCGACCAGCUUUUAAUUGUACAAUACGUAAUAUCCAACUAAUAUUAACAAAGUGUGACUUAAACAUUCCAUAGUUAGUACAGUAUAAUCCAUGAAUAUAGGUAAGAAAUUGUGUUGAUUUUACUUGUAUCAUGUAUAAGAGAUAGUCUAAAGCAUAUUAAUGACCUGUUUAAAUCGCGAAAGUUAAUAAAAUAAUUUCAUAGUCUGUACACUCACUCGCUGACAGUUUAAUAUACACUGACAAAAAACUGAUAUUUAAUAUUGAUUGCUACUAAUGGCUGUCUUAAACAAAAGAAAGCGAUUAAUGGCGAUGAACAUAAACGUACAACUAUAGUAGUUGAUGUCAUAAAGUAUAAAUAAAGAGAAGAACGAUUAACACUUUUAAAGCAA